AAAAUCAAGAGCCCACCUUACAAAACAAAGCAAAGCAAAGAAAGACAGAAAUAAAAGAAAAAAGAAAGCGAUAUUUUGCCGAAAUAUGAACCCAUCAAAAUUCAGGGAACUCUCUUCUUCCUAAAACUAAAUUCAUUGAUGAUCAUCACUUCAUCGCACUCGACUACCACCCUCCACCAAAACCCAAACAAUGCCACCAUAACGUGAAAUCCCACCCUCAUCGGCCCCUCGCCGGCGUCUCCAACUGAAGAGAAAUGUCGAAUCUCCAAUCUCGGUCUUCUUCCACCUCCUACAUCCCUCCCCACCGUACCCAGCUGCACCCGCGCAUGCACCUCUUCUCCCCAACCCACGCAAACCCUAAACCGCAUUUCCAGUCCCAAACCAAAUGCCUCCUCCUAUUCGCCUCCCUCUUCACCGUCCCUUUCCUCUUCUAUCUCUUUUCCACCGCCCAGAAGAUCCACCAGUCCGCCAAGUUUGCCCAGCCCCAGUCAACGUUCUUCGGCGUUUUCAUCAAUGCCGGCCCCACCGGCUCCCGCGUCCGCGUGUUUGAGUUCCUCGGCGAGGGGCGGAUCCCGCUCAUGGACGGGACCGGUUCCAGCUCCAUGAAGGUGCGUCCGGGUCUGACCGGGUUCGCCGGCGACCCAGAGGGUGCCGGGAAUUCGAUCGCCCGGUUGAUCAGGUUCGCUAGGCGGCGGGUCCCCAAGGCGGAGCGGAGAAACACUAAGAUCCAGUUGAUGGCGCAUGCCGAGUUGGAGAGUUUGGGUUCGGAGCUGAGGGAGAGGAUUCUGGAGUCUUGUAGACGGGUUUUGAGGUCGUCAGAGUUUCUGUUUAAGGACGAGUGGGCGCGUGUCAUUCGAGGUGAAGAUGAAGGUUUUUAUGCUUGGGUUGCUGCAAACUAUGCUCUUGGAAGUUUGGGAGGUGAAACUCAAGAGACCACUGGGAUAGUUGAACUUGGUGGGGCUUCUUUGCAGGUUGCAUUUGCUACAAAAGAAACAGACCUACUGCAAUCGACAAGAACUGUGAAAUUGUCAGGAGUUAUUUAUUAUCUCUAUACUCAAAGCUUUCCAAUAUUCGGUCAGGAUGCCGCUUGGGAAUCAUUGCACGAGGCUCACAAUUCUAGAGAAUUGGCAUCUUUUUCAAGUUCUAGUGAUGGCUUUGUUGGUAACCCUUGCAUUCCUAGAGGAUAUAAGCUGCCAUUGAAUGCAAGUUAUGCAAAGCCUCUGGCAUCUCCAGCUGGAAACUUUUCUGCAUGCAGAUACGAAGCGUUGGCAUUGUUAAAGAGAAAAGAAGAUAAAUGCAUGCAGCUGCCUUGCAAAAUUGUUUCAUCAUUCUUUUCUGAGUUACCAGGCAAGCCAAUUUCUUCGGAAUCCUUCUUAUUUACUUCUGAGUUUUUUGGGCUCGUUCCUAGGGCUUCUUUGUUGGCAUUGAAGGCAGCUGGUCAACAUUACUGUGAAGAUGAUUGGAGUAAACUGAGAAUUGAGCAUCGUAACAUUGAUGAUUUGGAUUUGUCAAGAUAUUGUUUCUCUUCUGCAUUUAUGGUGGCACUGUUGCAUGACAGUCUUGGAAUCCCUAUGUACGAAAAAAGGGUUGGGUUUGCAAAUCACACUGGAAGCAUUCCCCUUGACUGGACACUUGGAGCUUUCAUCAUCGAGACAAUGGUGGAGCCCCUCGAAUUGGAACCUGGUAACAUGGGCAAGAUUGUUGGAAAUGAGUCAGUCACUUACUUCUCAUUGUUUGCAUUUCUUUUAAUAGCAGCACUUGCUACGGUCUUUGUACUGCAAUGGCAGAAACCACAAUUAAAGACUAUUUAUGAUCUAGAAAAGGGUCGGUAUAUCGUCACACGGUUACCUAGGUAACUGUCCUACUUCCCCCAACCUUAUUCUUCUCUUUGUUCAUUUGAAAAGAAUCUGUAAAUUCAGCUAUGUACUUCAAGAUCUAGAAAUUCUUUAGAAAAUUUAUGGGAGCACUGUCGCAACAAUGAGCUUUCAUUGCUUGAAACCACAGCUACAAUGUCCAAAGUCUAGAGAGACAAACAGCAGGGGAAUCUCCACUCAUUUUGUAAUGUAUUAUUAUUGUUUCCUGCUUACUAAUAAUAUCAAUCCAGUAGUUCAAGUUAUUUGUUAUUA